CCGGUCCCGGCCCCCGUCCCGGGCGGGAGGACGCCCCGCCGCCCCCCGCCCGCUGAGCCCCAGCCCGGCCAUGGGGGCUCUGACCAGCCGGCAGAACGCAGGGGUGGAGGAAGUGGAUAUCCCCACUAAUUCCGUCUACAGAUACCCCCCGAAAUCCGGGAGCUACUUUGCCAACCACUUCAUCAUGGGAGGCGAGAAGUUCGACUCCACGCACCCCGAGGGGUAUCUCUUUGGGGAGAACAGCGACCUCAACUUCCUGGGGAACCGGCCCGUGGUGUUCCCUUACGCUGCUCCACCUCCUCAGGAACCCGUGAAGACCCUCAGGAGCUUAAUCAAUAUCCGCAAGGACACCCUGCGCCUCGUCAAGUGCUCGGAGGAGGUGAAGACCCCCGGGGAAGAAGUCAGCAAAGCCAAGGUGCACUACAACGUGGAGUUCACCUUUGACACCGACACCCGUGUGGCCAUCACCAUCUACUACCAGGCAACCGAGGAGUUCCACAAUGGGGUGGCCAGCUACAUCCCCAGGGACAACAGCCUGCAGUCGGAGACAGUGCACUACAAGCGGGGGGUGUGCCAGCAGUUCUGUGUGCCCUCCCACACCAUCGACCCCUCAGAGUGGAGCGAGGAGGAGCUGGGCUUCGACCUGGACCGGGAGGUGUAUCCCAUGGUGGUGCAGGCGGUGGUGGAUGAAGGAGAGGAGCACCUCGGGCACUGCCAUGUGCUGCUGGCCACCUUUGAGAAGCACAGCGAUGGCACCUUCUGUGUGAAGCCUCUCAAGCAGAAGCAAGUGGUGGAUGGUGUGAGCUACCUCCUGCAGGAGAUCUACGGCAUCGAGAACAAGUACAACACACAGGAUUCCAAGGUGGCCGAGGACGAGGUGAGCGACAACAGUGCCGAGUGUGUGGUCUGCCUGUCGGACGUGCGCGACACCCUCAUCCUGCCCUGCCGGCACCUCUGCCUCUGCAACACCUGCGCCGACACCCUGCGCUACCAGGCCAACAACUGCCCCAUCUGCAGGCUGCCUUUCCGAGCCCUGCUUCAAAUCCGAGCCAUGAGGAAGAAGCUGGGUCCCCUCUCGCCCACCACCUUCAACCCCAUCAUCGCCUCGCAGACCUCGGACUCCGAGGAGCACUCGUCCUCAGAGAACAUCCCCCCUGGCUAUGAGGUGGUGUCGCUGCUGGAGGCCCUCAAUGGGCCACUGACGCCCUCGCCAGCUGCUCUGCCCCUGCGGGCCCUGGGGGACCCCCCGGGCGUGGGGACCCUCCCCUCCUACGGCAGUGAUGGCCCCCUGCCCGCCCUGAGGGCCCUCUCACCCCUCCAGCGCCUGCCUGACUGCGGUCCCCCGGGGCUCAAGCUGAAGAAGAGCAUCUCCAAGUCCAUCUCACAGAACUCCUCCAUCCUGCCCGAAGAGGAGGACGAGAAGUCAUGCACCGAGUCGGAGUCGAGAGUCUCCAGGAGGAGAUCCCCAGCCCGGUGCGAGGAGGAGUGUGGCGCGACACCAGAGAGCGAAAACUUCACCCUGUCAUCAUCAGGAGCCAUUGACCAGUCCUCGUGCACUGGGACACCCCUCUCUUCCACCAUUUCAUCCCCAGAAGGUACAGAGCCCGUCAGCAGCAGCCUGGCUCAGUCCGUCAUGUCCAUGGCCUCCUCCCAGAGCCAGCACUCCCAGCUCAGCACCGACACUGUGUCUUCCAUGUCUGGCUCCUACGUUGCUCCUGGCACAGAGGAAGAAGAGGAGGAGGAGGAGGAAGAGGAGGAGGAGGGGGACAUGCUCCCCUCACCCGCAGCCGCAAGCGCCACAGCCUCUGAUGGAGAGUCAACGCCUGUGGAGUCCCCGGAUGCAAACUUUGUCAGCAUCUCUGCCGAGGAGCGCGAUGCCGAGGGCAACGACGUGCUGGAGGAUGAGGAUGCCUCUCCCACGCAGGAAGACGGCCCGAGGACAGGCGCUUUCCUCGGUCUGAGGUGUGACAAUAACAAUGACAUGGGCAUCGCACACGUGAAAGCGCUGGACAAUAAGCUGUGCUCUGAGGCCUGCUUACCUGGCUCCUCCGUCCGUGUGAAAGUUCAUGUUCGCUCUGUGCCAACACGGUUCUCUCCACCCACGCUUGUGUCCCCUCCCUGCCCAGAGUUGCACAAAGGUGACAAAUGUAUUGGUGACCCCUGGUCCCCCCACGGGCCAAAGGGAGCAGUGGGCUGGGGACCCUUCCUCAGCCUGUGGGUGGAGAAAUGGGGCAAACAAACAAGACAAAGCCCUCCGAGGGGUCUCCAUCAAUACAUUUGUGGACAAGUUGAAAGCAACUCUGCCCUUGCCUUGCCCCUCUGCCUAACUUUGUGGCAGGUCCCAAACCUGCAGCAGGUGCUGGAGAGCCAAGAGGGUGGGUGAAACCCACUGGAGGGAAGGGAAAUCCUUUUCCCCCACCUACUCCAUUGGAAAAGCCUCCUCUCCUGCUGCCGUGCCUGUUCCUGGUGGUUUCUGUGCUGGAGAAACACAGCUGAGGCUCUUGGGGAGGAACAGGCUUCUGCCACAAAAGUCCUAUGUCCCCUCCAUCACCCUCUGGAAGCAGCUGCCUGAGCCCUGCCAGCCCAGGGAGGCUGGGGAGGGAGCUGGGGGGGUGUCCCAGCAGCACCUCUGUCUUGCUGGGGAGCCUGGCAAAGCAUCCCUUGGCUGUGGCACCAGCCAAAGCCAUCCUUGACUGCAUCCCCCUUGGUUGUGCCAGGGGGAGGAUGAGGAAGGGGGAGCUUUGCAGCCCCAAAGGCUCCAGCACAGGGUCAGAUUCUUGCUCUGCUGUGAGGAGUGCACUGGCCGUGUCCCCAGCCUGGGCUGGGGUGCAGGAUCUGGCCCCCGGGACAAGCCCAGCCAAGGAUGGGCUCUCCAUCCUUUGGCCACCGUGCCUGUCCGUGUGUCUGGUGGCUGUGCUGCUUGGAGCCCUCGGCACGGAGCUGCCCUGCAUGAGGGGCCAUCCAGCCUCGGCAUUUGCGGGGAAAAGCAGGGAAUUACCACUCGUGCCAGGACCGGGGGCAGAGGAGGUGCAGAGUGGGGGCUCUAGGGCUGCCCAUGGUCCCCCAAGGAUGGCAGAGGGCCCAGUGGGAGGAGCACCAGUGAUGUUCUCCAUCCCUUUACACUCACUGUACGACAUGAUGUACUUUUUUCCACAUCAUGAUGGACAGUGAUUAAUGUUUUACAACUUUCCCUUUUCAGAUGUUGUACCAGUCUGUGUAGAUCAGGAUGUUCCAGCAGUUUUUAACCAGGGCAAUGUCCAUCCCAGGAGUGGUUGGAGGGGAGGUGUCACGUAAUGUGACGUUGUCACAUGUGCUCUGGUACACAAUUUUUGGUAGGGAGUAGUUGAAGUUACAGCUAUAUAGAAUUGAAUGGUUAGAAAGCUGUAUCUUUGUGUCAUCCACUGUUAAAUUACCACAAGGGGUUCUUAGACAUUACACACCCUUGUUCUGUGGAUACUGGGAUGGAUUCAGGAUCAGUGUCAGGAGACAUUUCAAAAUGACAGACGCAGCUCUGUGUCCAAACAGGCAUCUUGGGCUUUCAAAGUAUUUACUUUCACAUAUAAACCCCUGUCAUUGUCUCACCACACAAGCAUCUACAUCAGUGGUUUGCUAUAUGUGUGUAUGAUUGUUCUUAAAACCCAAUGCUUGAUGUUCUUGUGGAUCUAGUUCUGUUACGAGCACAAGGAUUGGGUAUAUGGUAUAGAAGCAUUGCAUAUUGCUAAGACAAAAGCUGUGACCUUAUUAGAAAUGGGGAGAUAAAAUCUGAUUAUAGACCACCAGGAUUGAAAUUCCCUUUCGAAUGCAGUGGCAAUAUCCAAAAUUACCUUUGCAAUGUCAGGUUAAUUCAAAAUAAAAGUCCGUUUUUCCCUUCUCUGAUUGUCACAGCACUGAUAGAGUGUAGCCACAACUGAGCUGAGAUACAGCUGAGUGCUGAAGGCACUUUGCUUUGAGCAAUUCCCAGAGCAUCAGACAGGUUGUUAGCAUUUUGAUAUUUUCCUGAAGCAGAAAAGAUAGUUGAAUGUGACCACUCUGUGUUUCAAAGAGAGGAUAAAGAAGAACUUAAGGGUUGCUCUGUAGUGCUCAAAUCAUUCAUGGUUGUGCCCAAUUUAUUAGCCAGAGUUUCCAGAUCAGUAUUGUUCAAUAUCCCUGUUCCAGUUCCCAGUAUACGAGUCAGAUGUGAGAGGUGAUGGCCUCUGGUUUAGUCAGGAAAACCAUCCUGUAAAAGGUGAACAUUUUGGUCUGAUAGGAGAAACGUUGGUCUGCAUGGACAUUUCUGCUCUCUUUAAGGAACCAGGAUGAAACAAUGUUUGUUGUCGUCCAACCAAUUUGACCUCAUAUGGUCUGGCCGGUGAAACAUUCAGGAGUAGUUUGAUAGGUUUGGGAGUAUGCUGGGGAGUAUGCUGGGCACCCUUAAACCCUCUAGGACACAGUCAGAUUCUAUAUCAUGAGGAGAUAAGACCAGUUUUGUAUCUUUCAAUUUACAGUCCUUUAGGUUCACGGUGAGACAGACUGAGGGUGUUCCAUAUCUUGCGGUUUUGUUUUGGCUGUAUCGUUCAUCAGAGUUCUAAGGACUUGUUCCCAGUGCAUGACAACCCCAUUCACUGAUUUUUGGGGACCUCUGAAGACAGUUACACCCUGGCCUUUGAGAUCUGUGGUGUUCAAGUAGCCACAUCUAGGAGAGUCUCCAAGCCCAUGGAAUGAUGUUGAGAUUUGAUAAUUAUAUUUUUGCCUUCUUGGUAGUGGAGAUGUGGUUCCUCAAAGCUGCUGUGAAAUCUCUGCAGAUUUCAAUCUGCUGGGGAAGGGCUUUGGGAGGAGGUGAAAGGCCACAUCCCAGGGAUUUUAGGACACAAGGUUUAACUAAAACAUGCACAUCUGUGUCCUGAGUGGAACCUGCAGAGCCAUGGGGUGUGGAGCGAGUUGCAGGGGCUGUCCCCAGGGCUCAGAGCAUCUUUGGCUGUAGCCACAAUCAGGGGACAGGGUGGCAAAAACAGCUUUGAAAAGAGAAACUGGGGGAAGGUUCCUGCUGAAAAGGUUGGCACCAAGGUGGGAGGGCUGGGGAGCUGCUGCAGAAGACCUGAAAUCCCCCAAGGGCUUUUGCUGAUUUAAAGCCACAGAUGCUCCAAGUGAUCCCACAGCAGGCCAAGGGAUCUGGUUGUGUUUCACUGUGAAGGGAUUUAGGAGCUGGUCUGCCCAGGACAGGUUUGCUGGCUGCUGAUGGCAGGGGAAACCCCUCCUGCAGCCCAAGGCGUGGACAUGGGGCUGAUACCCUGCAUCAGGGCCAGACCCUGUCCUGCUGCCCCAGCCCUACCCCUCAGCAGCCUCCCAAGGGUGCACUGAGCUGAGCUGGCUCUCUGCACUGGAGCUCUGCAGUGACUUAGGCAAUAUCAAGCUCUUAAUGGGAUUUCGGUGUGCAUGUACAUGCGGUCCUGUUUAAUUAUCCAUUCCCUCCGGGAUCUGCAGACUUAACAUGCCUCCCUCUCCAGCUCUGAGCUCGCCAUGAAAAGCCAGUCGAAAUGGCAGCUGUCACCUUGCAUAAAUCAGCAGGCAGCAGGAUUUUGUUGCCUCCUUCUCUGGGGAAGCCUCAUCCCUUGGCCUUAACGUGCCCUCGCACAGUCCCUCUGGCUCAGAGCUGCUCUGGGCACAGGGUUUAACCUCACUGGUGGGUGCAGCCCCCUGCUUUAGGGGCACACCCGCUUCCUGAGCCCCUGCUGGGUUUGGUGGUGCGACACAAUCUUCUGCCCUGUCCCAACUGGAGGGUGCUGCCUGAAUUGGGGGGAGCCUGCAGCCGGAGAGGAGUCAUGGGGGCACCCCAUGAGCAUGCCCACCCCUCGGUUCUCCUUGGCACG